AUGCAUUCUACAUGAAACCAAUAUCUUUCAUCCAGAAUCGAACUAUAAAGUUUCUGGAAAGGCUGGAGAAGAAAAAUACAAGACCCCUUCUCUAAAGUUGGGUCCUCAUGCUUCUUUAAUGCAGAGGAUCGGAAAUCUAUGCGAAAUGGUUGAUGCGGAUUCCUUUCUCCUGACUCAGAACCAUGGCAAGAAAUAUAAUAAAAAGCAGAAUAGCCACCAAUGCGAUGAAUGCCCUAUGUCAUUUAGUCGCCCGAGCCAUCUUACACGCCAUGCCUUGUCACAUAGAUCUAGAAAUGAUCACAGCUCUUCAUACAACUGCACAGAAUGUGAUAAGAAGUUCUUUCGAAAAGACAUUCUCUUGCGGCAUUUACGCAGUGUCCACCAAAAAGUCAUAACUGGAAAAGGAAGUGCCCAGAGAUCUUGCUUGCGUUGCGUCGCCAAGAAAAUGAAGUGCGAUCGAGCCCAUCCUUGUCAGUCCUGUAUCGUGACGCAGUCGAAGUGUCUUUAUAAGCAUGAUAACACCCAAUACCAGCGAACCAAUGCUUUUUCAGCCGUGAAUACUCCGGAAUCAGAACCACCUCAACAUGUAAACCUGCAGCAUCAAUAUUCGGAAGAUGUAUUAGACAACGCUCGAAGUAAUCAUUAUCUUCUGUGCAGAGAAUCGAUGAAUGUGACUAACUUUCCGCAAGACAACUCAGAAGACCUAUCAAUGGAAGAAGGCACUGGGACUACCCUUUUGAACAAUGACACAGAACCGGAUCUGAACCCUCACGCCGUUUCGCCGAAUAUUGGUGAUCAAUAUAUCACUUCUGGACCCUACAUAGGCAGCGAAAUUACUGAUUUGCUGACAAAUGAUGUAUCACUUGGCUACGGUGGCUUAGACUGGUUGGAUAUUCAGCUCCAAGAUCAGUUGUUGCCUACGAACACUGGCUAUUCCAAGGAACCCAUUAUAACACCACCGACGAACCUAUGUGGUCCCAAUGAAUACGGUUUUCCCUUGCCACCCACACGAGCUUGGAAUAAUGACACCCGGCCACAAAAUAUAUCGAUUAACUUCGUAGCUCCGAGGUCUAGCUCUUCUCAGCCGAACACACAGCAGUGGCCAUUCGACAGCACUCGUGAGCAGGUUCACCAGGGGUAUCGCCUGUCAUCUUUACGCGAAUUUCUUCAUGGAAGUCUGAGAACUACCUCGAAUGGAUGUCAGAAGUUGACGGUAAGCCUUGUUAAUUUACUUUCGAACAAAUAUGUUCCAAAACUAGACGAGGACACCAAUGAUUACGAAACCCUACGGUCAAUGCAUCUUCUACAAAGAGCUAUCGAUUCCUUCAUAUCUCGAUUUCAUAGUGUUCUUCCUAUGAUUCAUAUACCGACUUUCAGGCUAUCAACUUGCCCUGCGGUUCUCGUAGAAAGUAUGGCAUGUAUCGGGGCGAUGCUCUUAGAAGAUGCUGAUGCGCUUGAUAAAGCUGAGGUAUUUAGCAAAAUAUGCGAAACAGUGAUAAUUUGGCUAGGAGUUUCUGAUGCCAGUAGCUACUGUGACCUGGAUUAUCUGGCUGCGUGCUGUCUCUACCAGAUAUAUUGUUUAGGUUCUGGAAACCGGCAGUUGUAUCAGGACGCCGAUCGCUUUCGUGGGGUUCUCAUUGGCAGUCUCCGAGGCUUGGGGUUAUUUCAAUCCCAAGUCCCCUGCGAAGUAGAUAGGAGCUCUCAUCUGCAGGUGCAAGCCGGAAUGACUGAAAUACAGGCAAGCUGGCUCCGAUGGAGAGACCAAGAGCAGGAACAGCGACUGGCCUGGUCUGUCUUUGAAUACGAUUGUAGCCUUUGCACCUUGACCAAUCGUCGAGGUAUGGUAGAUAUUGGCGAGUUGCCAUCUAGGCUGCCCUGUAUUGAGGCCCUGUGGGAGGCUCCUUCGGCGGAGGCAUGGAGGACCCUCUCUUCCCGUUUAUCAGCGGUCGCAUCUGGGCCUUCGCUAAUGCCCGCUAUUCGCGUCAUCACGGCUGGGAAGAAGUUGCCUCCCGGAUUAUCUUCAUGGGGUAAACGGCUAUGCAGUCAGAUCAUAGGCCGACUACUCUGGGAUCUGAAGCAAAUGGAGGGCAUGUCCAUACUCAGGUGUUUAGGACUUCCACGGCCCAUGUCACUUGAGAACCACACCAAGAACACACUACUCCAAACAUUUGACAAACUAGUAACCGAAAUUCAAGCCCCCGAAUCUACAAAGGAGAUUAUUGACUUCAAUAUUACUCAACUAAUUAUCCAUUAUUCCUUCCUUAACAGUGCCGAAAAUGUGAUGGAACUAGUGGUCUACCUCGUCCGUGUUUCUGCUACGAAGGGCGUGUCGCCUAGUGAAGGAAAUGUGGACGCUGCAAAGCGACAGCUUCGGCUAAGCUUCGAUUCGGACCUUUGCAUGACACGGAAACUUGUGUGGCACGCCGCACAGAUUAUUGGCGUUGCUCAUGAAUACAUGGUUUCUGCACCAUGCGAGAUAUUGCGGGUUUUUAUGGGUUGCAUAUUUCUUAUAGCCUUUGCUAAAUAUUCACCGGUGGUGGCGGGGACAAGUUCCUCCAGAACCAUCAAAUUAGACCGAAUCAGCAAAGACCUAGGGCAAACCGAACUUGUUGACGCUUGGAUUCGACAUGGCGGAAUAGCCACUAUUGCUGGUAUGGAGGCCACCACUUCGUGGGAAUUUGUCGCCCAUAUUAGCAAUCAUACCCAAGCUUUAUUGCGGAAAGUUCAUUUCUGGGGGCUGUCACAGAAGUUCAGUCAAAUUCUUCAAAUCUUCCAAAAUAUCGAAAGCUAG